GUAAACGCCUCCAUACUCUCUUUUUUCCUUCUUAAAAAGACCUCACUUACACUAUAGACACACCCAUACACAUAAAAUCUAAGACUUCCAAGAAAGAAAGAAAGAAAAAAACAUGAAAAACAGAGGCAAAUCUAUAGAACACAAAAUUCCAGAUUUCAAUUACUCUAUUUCAUCAGAUACACCUUGUAUUAAACAUCCAAAUUCAUCACCGAUUGGUAUUUGCUCUUCCUGUCUCAACGACAAAUUGCUAAACUUAAUUUACUCUGACGAUACUUAUAAUAUACAUUCUUGUUCUGGUGAUGCUGGAAGCAUCGGAAGGAUAUCGUUUUUGUUAGAAAAUGAAAAACAGAGCAAAACAGAGCAAGUGAUUUUGCUAAGGAGUAGUAGUAACAGUGUUGAAAUCAAGAAGAAUCGUAACGGGUUUUGGAAAAUAAAGAGAUUGUUGUUCAAGAAGUAUAGGGAAAAGGACGAUGAUAAAACUGAAACUUCAGACAAAGUAAUAGAAGGAGUAUCGAGAUCAAGAUCAUUGUGUAGUUUCAGAGGGGGUGAUGAUGGAAAUAGUGAUUAUAGAUUUUCGAGUGCUAAGAUAUCUGAUGUUACUGGUGGUUUGUUGUUUGAUUAUGUUGAUCAUCCUGUUGUUGAGCCAAGAAAAAGUGAAAAUGGGGGUGAUUUCAAGAGUAUGAGGAGAAAGUUUGCUAAUUCUGAGUCAGUAUGUUGCUCGGUGCUCACAACAAGCAUUCGGCUACAUUUUCAAAAAGUCCGAGCAACAUAAAUUCAGACAGGGGCAUUUUUUCCCCUAUUAAGGGAACUGAUUUUGGUAACACCAAGGAUUUAUACUCCGUGUGUUGCUCGGACUCUCCAAAUAUGUUGUCACACUCAAGUCAGAUCCUCAAAAAACGAGCUAGUUCACAUUCAACUUCAUUUUUAAAGAGUCCGAGCAACACAAUUAAUUCGGAUCGAGGAAUUUUUGAUGAUGAUGAUUCAGCAUUUAUAGAUUUGAAACUUGAUUUAUUAUCAUCAUCAUCAUCAAGAACAUCAUUAUCAGAGCCAAAAUUACAACUUUUUUCAGAAUCAAUGGGGAAAUUGAGAGGUGGAUCUUGUAGAAUGAAUGAAUAUGACACUAGGAUGAAAGAAGGGAAUAGUGGAAAAGGAAACAAAGUGUGGAAAUGGAUUUCCAGGAAAAAAACUAGUACAAGUAAAAGAGAUGAAAUUAAUAGUAAUUUGAUUAUUAAGUCUUAGUAAUUUUGGAUUUGCAAUAAUAUUGUUUUGGUUACUUUUGUUGUAGUAAGAAAAGUAAAUAUACAAAACUUUACCUA